GACAGGGACGGUGGUCAAACCUGACCCCAACCUGUGUCGAGAUAACAUGUGAGCUCCCAUCGUUGCUGAAUGGUAACGCUAGUUCAACUUCUACAAAGUUCGACGCCACUGCAUCGUACAAAUGUAAUGAAGGUUAUAUUCUUGAAGGACAGAUAAAUGCAACCUGUGUCAAUAACGGUACUGAAAACCAGAAAGGAAUGUGGUCGAAUCCUCUCCCGACAUGCAUUGCGAUAAACUGUGAGCAACCAACUUUGCCGAAUGGUGACGUAAAUUCAACAUCUACGGCAUUUGGCGCUACGAUCCAUUAUUCAUGUAACGAUGGCUAUGUUUUGGAAGGAAGUGUAAAUUCAACAUGUGUUCACAACGGUACUGGAAAUCGGCAGGGAAAGUUGUCGAAUCCACCACCCACCUGUACUAAAAUAACCUGUGAGCGACCGACUGUGCAGAAUGGAAACGUUACUGUAACAUCCAUCAAGUUAGGUUCUGUUAUCCAGUAUACGUGUAACGAUGGCUACGUUUUAGCAGGGAAGAUGAAUUCAACUUGUGUCCAUAACGGUACUGGAAAUCGGCAGGGACAAUGGUCAAACCCUUCCCCUAACUGCAUGGAGAUUACCUGCCUUCAACCACUCUUCUCAAACGGAAGAGCAAUCACUGAUUCUCUCAAGUUUGGUGGAACUGUAAGAUACCUCUGUAACGAAGGCUUUGCCUUGAAAGGCAAGACAACUUCAAUCUGCAUUUCCAGCGAUGUUGGAAAGAGGACGGGGAGGUGGUUAGACCCUACUCCGAUAUGCUCAGAAAUAACCUGUGAGCCGCCAAUCCUACGAAACGGAAGUGCAACCGCGGAUUCCUUGAAAUACGGCGGAACUGUAAAUUACGCAUGUGACGAUGGUUACAUACUUGAAGGGGAAUUCAGAACAAUCUGUGGGCGAAAGGGGAGUGAGGAAGGGAAAUGGCAAGACCGGAAACCAAUUUGUAUAGAAAUUACGUGUGACAUACCAACUCAUCCCGACAACGGAGUUGCGGUCGCCGAUUCCCGGAAAUUGGGUGGAAAGGUGCGCUACUUCUGUCGCAAAGGAUAUCUCCUGAAUGGCAACAAAGAUAUUGCAACAUGCGUUAGAAAUGGAACGACGAAUGCAAGAGGAGCGUGGUCAAAUCGGACACCGAUCUGUUCACCAGUCACGAAAGGUUAUAGUCCUGUCCGUAGUUUAGAAAGUAGUUCUCCAGGAAACGAUGAUGGUUUUGGUAGCGGCGUCGGGUGUGGAAUAGGCAUAAUGCUUUUAAUCGCAUUGGUAGUUGGCGGUAUAUGUAUCCUUAUCAAGAAAAGGAAGUACAUUGCCAGACUCCAUAGUUUGGGUAGUCUAAACCCAAAACAACCCGAGGAGGAAAAAGAAGUCCGAGAUUUCAAUAAUCCUGUUUAUGGCAUGGACGAAACUGAAUCAUAUGGACAACGAGCCUAACGUCAGAGUCAUUUUAUACAAAGCGUAUUAAAGGAACAGGCACAUGAGGUAGCCAGAAGUUACGUGACUGACAACCGCACUAUGCCGCCACUGCAAGCAACAACAAUAAGAUUCUCUUGUACUGACCUCAUUCUUGUGCAUGCAUAACGGGUAUUCUGCUUCUUCUUCAUCUUUCCAACCGUUAUCAUGGGGUCGGAACAGCCAGCUGGAUCUCGCAAGGAACUUUGUAUGGGUGCAAAUGCACGUAAUGCACAGGGCACAUUCAAAACUCGGAAUAAAGUGUUCCAUUCGCCGAGUUUUUCAACACUUGAGUCUGUGAUAAAGGAUAAUUCGUCUUGUCGGCGCGUGGCAUACGCAGUUCCAUCAUCAAGGUGAAAUAUUAUCACCAAUCAAGGUCACACUUUUCGGGUAGUCGUUCUUUCUGAACGUAGAACGCUUGCAGCCUGGAUCUCUUUACUAGCCACCCCCGUUGCAAAGAAGAAGACGCUUCAAAUCAGACCUAAACUUUGAACUACUGGCUAAGUAUAGAAAGAAAUUCGAUGCGUUGUUUGCAACUGCCCAUAUAAAUGCCAACUCGAACGUGAAAAUCCGAAGGUUAGGUUCGGAGACCAUGAUGUUCUCGAGGCAGCAAUACCAGGCUAUAAAGUCGACUGUGUAUGGUAAUAAAAAUAUCAUCAGAGAUGUUGCCACGACUAUCAACAUGACAGUCAUGGUUCUUUCCUGCUUUUGGCGCGUUUUCACGCCACCAAGGGCCUUUUCUUUAACUUCCGAGCUCUGCUUCUUUAGACUGAAAAUGAUAGCUACAUUCAGAAUGAACAAGAGUCCAAGGGGGAGAAAAACGUCUACACAAGCGUUAAUUACCUCAAAUCCGACGCCAUACCACCUAAAGUAUUUCGGGAAGACACAUUUGGAGUACAACCCGUCGUCAUCUUGUUGGGCACUCCAGAAACUAUUCGGAAAAUAGAUCACCACGUGCGCAAUAACGUUCAUAGCAACAUGUAUUUUAGCUUUUCUCAUUGUACACGACAGCGCGGCUUUCAGGGGAAAUACAACAACUAUGAAUCUAUCAAGCGCAAUGAUCAAGAUCUGCCAGAUUGAAAUAUUGUAUAAAUAAAGAACGGCAGUGAACAAUUGACAAUUCACUUCCCCCACUGUGCGGGAUUCCAGAACAUCUGGUUUUAUAUUGAUAAUCAACUUAGGCAGAAGGUAAAAGACUAAAGCAAAAGUGUCGGUAACAGAAAGGACUUUGAGAUGAAAGCACAUUACGUUAUUGCGAUUCGAAGGCUGGUUCAUGAUUAGGAAACUCAAGGUGUUCCCUGCAACACCCAGCAUUAUCAUAAUGGGGUUGGCGACGCGCUGCAUGAUAUUGACGUACAGCAGGUAAGGAGAGAUUUCCCCCUGGCUGUCCAAGCGAAAAUCCGAUGUCACAAUCAUGAUUUAUCCAAGAAUAUUACGGAUUCCUUCA